GUCGACGGCCGCCAUUUUCUUGGGGGUAUUUAGAUGUCUGUGUCCGCGGUAAUCACAAAUCGUUAAAUUUUGAAUUGUUGAUAAAUCCGUUUUGCUGCUAUAGUGAUAGUAGUUAAUAAUAAUGAUUAUUCCUUUAAUAUAAAAUAUAAAUAUAAUUAUUAAGUCUAAUGGUUAGGUUUAGUCCGGGAGCUAACAUCACAGACAUCUACUAUACUAUAUGUUGUAGUUUGUACAAUUGUAAUAAUUUUAAUUUAUAACUUAUUGCGAGUUUCGACUAUUUCAAGACUUCGAGUGGUGACUUUAGAAUCGUAUUAAUAGUUACAUUUAAUUUGAUGCUUUUAAAAAUUUAUAUUUAUAGUAAUGGUAUAUAACAUGCAAUUAACUUACGUGUGCAUUUUUCGAUCAGUUCUUUGAUAAUCUUGUGCUUCUACUUUUAAAAUGGGUGUAAAAAGUCUUUGGUCACUGUUAACACCAGUGGCAGAAAAAAUGCCUCUUUGGGAGUUGCAUGGCAAGGCAAUUGGCAUAGAUUUAAGUGGAUGGGUGUGUGACAGUGAAAAUUUAAAUCACAACAUAAGCCAAAAAAAUAUGUACUUAAGGAACUUAUUUUUUCGCACUUGUAAUUUAUUGUUAAUUGGUGCCAUACCAAUAUUUGUUUUGGAUGGAGAACCACCACUUUUAAAAUAUGGUACUAUAGAAAAACGUAUUAAUGGGAAUAAAGCACCAAUAAAGACUAAUAUUAUUCGCAAACGACUAAAUUCAUUACAAAAACAAUGUGAAUUGUUGUUGAAUAUCAUGGGGGUAACUUGCGUUUAUAGUCAUGGAGAAGCAGAACAGUUAUGUGCUAUACUCAAUGAAAAAGGGAUAGUAAAUGGCAUUGUCACUCAAGAUAGUGAUUGUUUUUUGUACGGUGCUCGUAUUGUAUAUAGAAAUUUUAAUGUAACUGGAAACGGGUCUGUUGAUGUUUAUUGCAUGGGAUCAAUUGAAAAAAAUCUAAAAAUUGGACGCAACAAAAUGAUAGCUUUAUCAUUGCUAUGUGGUUGUGAUUAUGAUGAAAAAGGUGUUUUAGGAAUUGGAAAAGAUACUGCAAUUAAGUUUCUUCAAUCAUUAGAUGAUGAUGCUGUCCUUGAUCGCUUGAGACAUUGGAGAAAUGAUCCAGUUUUAAAUUCUGCUGCCAUGGAUAUUAAAUCACAGACUAAUGAAAUAAAGCUAGAGUUGAAAAUAAGGAAUAAAGCUAUAGAAAACAAAAGCUUUCCAUCUGAAGCAGUUAUUGAAGAAUUCUUAAAAGUACCGAAUUAUCCAGAAGUGUCUGCAAAAUGGAAUCUACCAGACAUUAAUUCUUUUAUUGAAUUUGCAUUAACAAAACUGUGUUGGGAAAGAGAGUAUGCAAUAGAUAAAUUUUUGCCAUUACUUACUAGGUGGCAUUUAAUGUAUGACGAUAAGUUUCAAGCGAAUAUUUUAAUGACUGAAAUUGUUAAAAAGCGUGUCAAUAAAGGAAUAAAAUGUUAUGAAAUAAAAUGGAAUAAUUAUGAAAUAACAUCUAUUGAACCUCAAACAGCUGUUCAAAGAAGAUAUCCAAAUGAAGUUUCAAUCUAUGAAGAUAUGCAUUCUACGUCUUCUAGAAAAAUAAAGAAAAAAAUUACAAACCAUGAUAAUAAUCUAUUUGAUAUAACAAAUACAUUUUCUUCAAUGAACAUUUCAAAAAAAAACAAACAGCCUAGAAAAAUAAAUGAAGCAAAAGAAAAUGUUAAAGGUCCCUUGGAUCAAUUUUUAAUGAAGGGAAAAGUUAAAGACGAUAGUUUGACAUUGUCUGACUUUGAAUGUGAUACUGUUGACUUGGAUAUGUCUGAAAUAAUCAACGGAAUUAUAACUUAAAUUUUAUAUCUAUAUCAUAAGAAUUCUCAAUGUAAAAUAAAUGCUUUGUUUUAUUAUAAUUUAAAAUAUUUUUUUUUGUAUUUCAUUGUUUUAUUAAAAAAAUAAAUUGUGUUAUAAUAAAAACUAAUCAUUAUAUAAUAUUUUGUUCUAAUCAAAAAGCUGAUAAGAAUUAUUUACAAUUAUUAUUCAUAAUAUUACAAAAAUAUCAAAAUAAUGACACAAUACCAUUAAUACUAUAAUUGAAAAAAUAAACCAUGGCUCAUAUUACUAAAUAGUAAAUACUAUAGUAUAUAAUACUUUAGUAUGAAGUGCACAAUUUAUUUUUUAUAUGUAUUAUUGCAAUGUACUAUGUAGUAGUCACAAAAUAUAUUACCUUGAAAAAAUGAUUCAAUUAUUAAGUUGGUGAUCAUAUCUGAUCACAGAUAUAUAGUUUUAAAACUAAUAUGUUCUAAAAUAACCCUUUGAUGUCUUGACCUUUAGUAGUUUAGUAUACUGUAACAUACA